AUGGACAGAACAGAAGACUUUGGUCAACCCUUUACCAAUUACAAUGUUGCUAGCGAUUUGUUAUACCUCAUUGACCAAUGUGAUCAGAGAUGUUUGUAUGAAGCUAGUAGAUGGUAUGUUGACAUUUUCUUUAUUAUUGUUUAAUUUUUAGGGCAAAUGAGCAGUUAGUAUAUAUGGAAGAUACGAUAACAAGUCAACUAGACUUUGAUUCAACAACAUACAACGAUAUGAGCGGCCCUAAACGAGUAUCGUUGAAUCUUGUUAGGAAAUUGAUACAGAAUUGUGAAUACUAUCGAGCUAGACAGUUUUUGCAAAAGAGUCGGCGUGAAUUACCGGUCGAAAACUUCUUAUACUACUUUUCGUGGUACAUGGUAAGGUUUUGGUAUUUUUGAUCAAAAUUUUAGAAAAGUUUGGACAUCAGUUUAUGUUUGAGAUGUUACGAAGAGUAAAAUUUAGCUUUUGAGUACUUUAUAAGGUUAAACUUAUUGUAUUAGAUUGUAAAAUACGAUGUUUUGAUUUUGUUUUUUAAAUUAUGUAGUGUACUAUAGAAAAAGAACUGUAAGUUGUCUAAUAUAAAUAAUUUUUAUUUUUAGAUAUGUCAAAGAAAAAAGGCGGAAAGAGAAAUAGAAGAGAUAGAAAAGAAAGAGAAUCAGAAUGAUGAGCUGUUUUUUGAGUUAUCAAAGGAAAUCGAACGACUUCAAAGGAAAAACCCAGAAGCUUUUGAUUCUUUCAUGUAUUAUUUGUAAGUUUGUGGUUUUAGCUUUAGAAAUUGAAUGCUUUUUCAAUUUUAAAAAUAUUUUAGGAUUUAUGCUUAAAAUUUUUUAAGUAUUGCAGCUUAAAUUAAUGUUGAUGUUUUAGAUUAGCACAGAUAAAGUACGACAAUCAACAAGUGAAAGAUUCAAAGAGGUUUGCUAUGUUUGCAAUUGAAAUGGACCACAGAUGUUGGCCAGCGUGGGAUUUAUUGUCUAAAGUUUGUACUGAAGCUGAUUUUGUAAGUUUUUUUUAUUUUUGUUUGAUUUUUAGGCGUAUCUGUGAUUGCUACGAGCAGCUUAAGCUUAUAUAAGGUAUUUAUGUGCUGCUAAGGCAUAUUUUUGAACAUCAUCAUCUAUUGAGGCUUGUUGUUUAAAGAAAUCAAGUUUUUUUUGAUAUUAAUGCAGACUUAUGUUAUUGUAGAUCUUAUCACUUUUUAUACUUUAUAUUUCUAUAAUUAGGGUUAAAUAUAUUAAAAAUUAACUUAGAAUGACAUUUCAGGCCGAACUAGAGCAAAAACCAUUUUAUCGCACAUGGCAAUACAUUUUGUUCGCGGCCGAAGCAGCUUUAAGGCUACAGUUGUUAACAAUGGCUAAUGAUUUCUUCACCGAAUUGGGAGACAAUGUUCACUAA